GGUGACGCAACUAGCAGAGUGACACGUUUAUGAGCGAGACGAAAGCACAAGAGCCUGUUUCAUAGUUCGUAUCGUUGCGGCCGAAUGAUCCAGGAUAUGUCUGCGGAAGCGAAAAACCCAGGACAUCAUGGUGGCUUCUCUUGGUGGGUCGCUGCCAUUUUCAUUGUUGGAGAAACCGCAGGAAGCGGUCUCGUUGCGAUGCCGAACGCUAUCAAACACACAGGUUUUAUUGGCGGUACCAUUCUAUUGAGCUUGGUUGCUGUCAUGUGCGGGCAUACUGCCCGAAAUUUGGGCAGCAACUUCUUGCUCAUGCAAAAGCGCUGGCCACAAUACCUACAACCUUGUCGAAGUCCAUAUCCAGAGAUGGGUUAUCGAGCUAUGGGAAGAGGAGCCAGCAUUCUCGUUCAAGCUAUGAUUUUCGUGACACUUUUUGGUGGAACUUCCGUCUUCUGCCUGCUGGCAUCUCGCAAUAUAUCCGAGCUGAUGCAGCUGUUUGGAGUUCGAGUGCACUUCUGUGUGGUUCUCUUUGUACUCGCGCUUGUUCUCUGGCCAUUCAUGAUGUUGCGCAGCCCUAUGAAUUUUUGGCAAGUGUCGAUAGGUGCUGCUGCAUCCACUACCAUAGCUGUGAUUCUCAUCCUCAUUGGCGCAUCAAUUGACAUUCCCACUUGUUAUCAUGUUGCUGCUUAUGAAGAGUUAUCCUUGAAAAAAUUCUGUCUGGGAUUUGGCACGAUUGUUUUUGCUUACGGCGGUCAUCCGGCCUUUCCAACUAUCCAGCAUGAUAUGUCAAACCCUCGACUGUUCCCAAAAGCUGCAUUGCUCAGCUAUAUCUUGUUGUUCGUGUUGUACGCUCCAGUCUCAUUAGAAGGUUAUGCUGUAUAUGGAAACUCAUUGACUGAUUCAAUUAUAUCUUCUAUUCAGACCUCAUCGUUGCGGCUCACAAUAAAUGCACUAAUUACGGCUCAUGUACUUUUUUCGAUACUCAUAAUCAUCAAUCCUCUGCAUCAAGCUGUCGAAGAGCAGUUCAAAGUAAAGCAUGAGUUUAGCAUGGGACGAUUUGUUGUACGCACAGUUCUGUUCUUUGCCACGGUUAUAGCAGCGUCAUUGUUACCAAACUUUGGUGUAUUCCUGGACUUGGUAGGAAGCUCCUCAAUGACUCUUCUUGCGUUGGUUCUUCCGGGAUUAUUUCGCCUAUAUCUCGAAGCGGGUUACAAACUGGCUGAGACGCAAAAAGGCAUUCAGGCUGACGACUGCUCUCAAUACCCAACAAUAAAGCAGGUCAUAAGCUUAAGUAGCAAUAAACAGCUACUAAUUGAAGGACUGAUUAUGGGUGUCGGUCUCUUGCUAGGCAUCCUUGCAACAGCCAACGCGUUGACGGAAGCUGUUCAUUCUUCUCUAGCAAGUCCAUGCUUUGUUCAGCUGUUCUCGUCAUCAUCAUCUACCUCUUCAUCUUUAUCGACGUACUACUGCUGUGGUCCUUACCGGAAUAUCACGUCUAAUAGCGAUGCCACAUGUAGUGCUUGA